UUGAGUUUUAAUUUUGUUCAAAUUUUUUUUUGAUUGUUUACAAUUAACUCUCUUAAUGGACAUUUUUUGGAUAAUCAAACCAUUUUUUUCACUUGAUUUCAUUUUAAUCUAUUUAAUUGUUACAGUUAAAUUUUCCCAGUCAUUAGAUGAUUAUGGUGACAGUCCAGAGAUAAUUAAAUCUCGAGGAUUUAAUUGUGAAAUUCACAAGAUUGUUACAAGUGAUGGUUAUAUACUAACCAUGUUUAGGAUUGUUAACCCGUUAAUUGUUAAACAACAGCAAUUAAGAAAACCACCAAAUCGAUUGGUAAAUAAUUACAAGCCUAUUAUACUUCAAAGUGGAUUAGGUGGCUCAUCUGAUGAUUAUAUUUUCAGUUCACCUGAUGGUCAAGUUGAUGAAUCUUUGUUAAAUAAUCCAAAUGUUGACCAGUUAAUUAACUAUUACAAUGGUACUGGUCGCAAUUUAGGUUUUCUACUCGCAAAUCUUGGUUAUGAUGUUUGGUUAACUAAUUUUCGAGCUAAUUAUUACUCUCGGAAUCAUACAACUUUAGAUCCUGAUUCAACAGAGUUUUGGACAACAGGUCUUGAUGAAAUGGCCACGAUCGAUUUACCAACUACAAUUGAUUAUAUUUUGAAUUCAACUAAAAGAAAGACUGUUGGAUAUAUUGGAUUGUCUCGAGGAUGUGCUGUCAUGUUUGCUCUUUUAUCAGAGAGACUUGAAUACACGGAGAAAGUUAAACCAUUCAUCGCAAUGGCUCCAGCGGUUUUCGUUGGUCGUUGGUCAGUUAGUUUGUUUAAAGCGAUUCUUGUAAAUGUGAACAGUUUAUUACGAUCGCUGGCACGCAAGAGCCCAGUCGAGUGUUUUGGUCGAGGGUUUCCAAAGAAAAUGCAUCAAUUAUGCCACAAUUCAGAGUUUAAUCCAUUCUGUUCAAUUGGUCAACAUUAUUUAUCCUUUUUACUUGGUGAUCAUACAAAUCUAACUCGUAUGGGAAUUUAUUUUACUCACUUUCCCGCUGGGUCACCAUGUCUUGAUUAUAUUCAUUACUUUCAAAUUGGACUAAGUGGUCGAUUUCAUAAACUUGAUUAUGGUGAAAAGGAAAAUUAUCUCCGGUAUAAUCAAUCUAGUCCACCAGAUUAUCCAUUGGAAAAGAUUAGAUCAAAGGACAUUUACAUAUUCAAUUCGAAAGGAGAUAAACUCGUAACUCCAAAUAAUGUGGUGAAAUUGGUGGAUAAACUGAAAGUCAAGCCGAAAGAAUGGAAAGUAAUCAAUAGAUUGGAUUUUGACCACUUAGACUUCGUCUUUUCAUUGGAAAUUGGCGUUGAAGUUAAUCGAGAUAUAGUUCGUAUUUUGUCCUAUUAUUGACGAUCAGAUCAAGUUCGAAGUACUAACAGUCUAUAAAUAGUCUAUGUUAAAAAAAUCGAAUCUCAAACACCAAAGAUUUCGCCAAAAUGUUCAUCAUGAUUAGUGAGCUAUUUAAGACCAUGUAAUCAAUAGA